CAAGGACGCCUGCCUCGUUUUGAGAUUGGUCACAUGCCUAAACGCGGCGACUUCAAAGUUGAAAAGCUGUCAGAAAUCGCUAAACGACGAAAUCAGAUAAAACAAAGGAAGAGUGACAUCAUGGCGCACUUUAACUUUGAGAACAACCUGAGUGAGCUGACCAAGCUUGACGCACCAAUGCAGAGGGGUCCGUUGAUGAGAUGGCAGAGGAAGGCCCUCAGUCUGGAUGACCAGGCCGGGGCAGGGGGGAGCAGUGACAGACAUCUAUCUCUGCCUGAAGCAGGAAUAGCUGGGGGACUGUCUCCAAGACGUACUAGAAUAGGCUCCUCGAGGACCCCAAGCAAAGGCUCCAAGACUCCACUAACCUGCAGGACACCAAACAGAACUCCUGGGAAAACACCUGGGAAUUCCAAGAAAGUUUCUGGGAAAACACCAAAUAAGAAAACCCCCUUGACCCCUCACAGUGACAGGUUCAUCCCCAGCCGGUCCACCACAGACCAAGACCUGGGCCACUACCUGAUGAUGAACAAUGAGAAUGAGAACCCCCUGGCAGGGGGAAAGGUGGACUACCAGCAGAGAGUGACAGAGAACAUCUGUAAGGGGCAGCAAGACCCCCAGAACGCCAAGAUUUUGUCAUUUAGACAGAAGGCACCACAGGCAAAAGAAGGUUAUCUGAACAACCUGAAGGUCCUGUACAGCUCUGGUAAGUGCUCGGCCCCUAAGGCUCUAUCUACCAGACAGAUCCCUCAACAGCCUGACAGAAUCCUGGAUGCACCUGAGCUACUGGAUGAUUACUACUUGAACCUCCUGGACUGGUCCAGUCACAACCACCUGGCUCUGGCACUAGGGGGCAGUGUGUACCUGUGGAACGCUGGCAACAGCACCGUCACUCUGCUCUGCGAGCUGGAGAGUGAGGAGGAGUAUAUCUCGUGUGUCUCCUGGAUCAAGGAGGGCAAUAUCCUGGCUGUUGGAAACAGUACGGGGGCAGUGCAAUUGUGGGAUGUCAGUCAGCAGAAGUUGAUGAGAACCAUGGGUGGACAUGCUGCCAGGGUGGGUUCUCUGGCCUGGAACUCUUAUAUAUUGUCAAGUGGCUGUAGAUCUGGCGCCAUUCACCACCAUGACGUGCGUGUGGCGGACCACCAGGUGGGUACCCUGACCAGCCACGCCCAGGAGGUUUGUGGCCUGCAGUGGGCGCCAGAUGGGAGGUACCUGGCCAGUGGUGGGAAUGAUAACCUGCUCAAUGUGUGGGAGGGCAUGGCAGAGGCACCUGUUCAUUCAUUUACACAUCAUAUGGCUGCUGUCAAGGCAGUGGCCUGGUGUCCAUGGCAACCGUCAGUACUGGCCAGUGGAGGGGGCACGGCUGACCGCCACAUCCGUCUCUGGAACGUCCUGACGGGAGCCUGCCUGCACAGUGUGGACACCAACUCCCAGGUUUGCUCCAUACUCUGGUCCAGCAGUUACAAGGAGUUGAUCUCUGGGCACGGCUUCUCACAGAACCAGCUCAUCAUAUGGAAGUACCCUGCCAUGGGGAGAGUUGCUGAACUCACAGGUCACACUGCCCGAGUUCUUGGCCUUGCCAUGUCACCAGAUGGCAGCACGGUGGCUAGUGCAGCUGCUGACGAGACCAUACGACUGUGGCGCUGUUUUGAAAUCGACAAGCAGAGAAAGUCGUCUAGUUCUAAAUCGUUCAAAGAGCCAGUCACCAAGAGUGCCCUGCAGAGGGGCAUCAGAUAAAGAAUGGAUGCCAAUACACCUCAGUAACUAUAGAUUUAUCAUUUAUGAUGCCAUAAACAGUAGAAUAAUAUACUCCUGUGAAAAUAAUUUAUAAUAAUUUAUGCUUAGAAGCCCCAUAUAGCAUUGACAAUCCUGACUAAAACAGUUGUGAACAUCCUCAUGAAGGUAUUUGCUUUCUGCCUGCUUUGUGUCUUUGUUGAUUCAGAUGUAGGUGUAUACAGUACAUGCCAGUGCGUCCUCACAUUUAUAUGUGGUUACCUUCUAGGGAUGCAUUAAGGAUUUUGAAUUUCGUGACUUUGCAAAGAGAAAAAAUAUAUCUUAGAAAUGCCAUUUAUUUAUAUAGGAGUAAUUAUCAUCUUAAACAAUAUGAUCAAAUGCAAAAUCCAGGUUUGUGUCUAAAUGACCUUAAGUCUUAAAAUGCUCUGCACAGAACAUUUGACCAGUGACUUGACUGUAAAUCAUUAAUAUAAAUUUAAUAGAAAUGAAUGGAAAGACAAACGGCAUUCUAAUGAGAGAGUAUUUUUUUGUCAUUUUUAUGUUUUAAUUGCUAUCAUCAUGUAAUCAUAUUUGAUAUGCAUAAGUAAAUAAAGUUAUUUUUGUUAAAA